GAGGUCGACGAAAAACCCGCAUAUGAAGCACUCUCCUACUGCUGGGGCGACUUAAAUGACCAGCGUCAGAUACUCUGCAACGGUACAACGCACUUGGUCACGGCGAGCCUCUACGAUGCACUUGUGAGGCUGCGGAUGACAAAUGAGGUGCGGAUUGUCUGGGCAGAUGCACUGUGCAUCGCUCAGUCUGACGAUGAGGAGAAGAGUUCGCAGGUCCGUCGCAUGGAUUUAAUCUAUCUUCGCGCCAAACGCGUCGUUGUUUGGCUUGGCCACGUCGAGGAUGAGCACGCUUCAAACAUCAGACGUCUUUUUGAAUCUUUGGAAUUGGUCGAUGGUAAUCCAGAGGAUUAUGAUUCCAAUUGGCGCGUAGCAGGCGCAGCUUUCGGUGCUUCCUUACCAUGGCAUUCACUGCAAGUCUUUUUUUCUAAUCCUUGGUUUCGUCGCAUGUGGUGUAUACAAGAGUUCCGAUUAGCAGCUAAUUUGGUAUACUACUGGGGAACCGAAGAACUCUCCAAGUAUACUGCAGUACGUCUAGCGAGCUGGGAAAUGAGCCACAAGCGAGAUCUAAGGUCCGCCUUGGUCACAGUCACCAUAACGUAUGCCUGGAGAAUGAACGGUCCAUUGACGUCGGACAAAUGUCGUCUUCUACAAGCUCUCAGCACUUACAGGCGUUGGCAUGCUACGGAUCCUCGAGACAAGGUAUAUGGUAUACUUGGGCUGACAGAGCUUGGCGAGCAAAGGAGUAUCAUUCCCAUCGACUACGAAAAGUCGGCCGCAGAGGUUUUCCAUGAUGCUGCCACUGCGAUUAUCAGAUGGACUAGCGAUCUUGCAGUAUUUGCCCACGUCCACCAUGAUGUGGACUAUGAUGGCCACCCGGAAUACGAGUCGUGGAUCAGGGGCGGGUUGUCCCCUACGUCCAGCGCAUACGGAGUAUAUAAGUUUAGUGCGCCGCACGAGAUUACGACAAAGCCAUGUGGCAGGCAGCUCGUGGUAUGCGGUUCAGUAUCUGGAAUUGUUUCUUGCACGACCGUGCUACUAGGGGAGCGAAUAUCGGACCUCAGCUAUGUGGGUCUGGCUGACAGCGCGAAGGUUCAACUGGAUUAUCCGGCCAAUGUCUUUCUCGACUACUGGCGGCAGAAUGUAUCCCAAGAGGCCCCGGUGGGCAGCGAUCUGAAUCCUGCCAUGAUCUCCAUGGCACGAACAUUAACUGCAGGAGAGGUUAGCUAUGCCUUCAGCUACAACGAAGCGAGCGAAGAGAAUGUGACGGAGUAUCUACAGAGUUUCCUGAAUUAUAUUAGACUUCUAUAUGCACUCUCCGAACAUGUAACUGAGAGUGGCUCAAUCGAGUACGAGUUUAGUCGAUCUGAAAUGGGUUGGAAAGUUUUUGCAUGUCUCGUAUCCCGUUGCUUCCAUAAAUGGGCUCUCUUUCGUGCCAAGGACGGAUCUUAUGGCCUCGGACCUGUCUGUCUACGAGAAGGAGAUCCUAUCGUAGUUCUAGAGGGAGCAUAUACACCAGUUGCGUUACGACCACGGGGCGAGAACUACCUUCUCCUAGGCCAGGUGUACAAGGACGAGAUCAUGAACGGAGAGUUGAUCGAGGAAAUGGAGAAAGGAAUCCGGAAACGACAGCAGUUUUGUUUCGUCUAG